AUGGAGGGUGACGACUCCGAGGAGGAUUCCGAUGAAGAUGAAGAUGACGACGAUGAAGAUGACGACGACGAUGAUGAUGAUGACGAGGAUGACGAUGAGUCCCUCGAGGGCAUCGAGAACAAGUCUCCGAAGGACGCGAAGGACCUCUUCAGCGACGAGGACGAGGAGGACGAGGAGGACGAGUUUGCGGAGCUCGGGGACGACUCCGACGAGGACGACGACGGCCCCUUGGAGCAGGAUUUCUCCGGCGACGAGAAGGAAGACGCGCGCCGGAAGCGCGAGGCGGAGGAUGCCGCCGCGGAGCAGGUGCUCAACAUCGAGGACGAGGACGUGUACGAGCUCUCCGGCGACGAGGACGACCCGGACGCGCCGCCGGAUCUGCAGCACGUCCAGGCCAGGAUCCAGGAGGUUGUCAGGGUGCUCCAGGACUUCAAAUCCAGGCGCGAACCCGGGCGCAGCCGCGGGGAGUACGUCGAGAGGCUCGUCGCCGACCUCGCGACGUACUACGGCUACAACACGUUCCUGAUCCAAUACUUCCUGGACACCUUCUCCGUCGCGGAGACCAUGGAGCUCCUGGAGGCGAACGAGACGCAGAGACCCGUGACGCUGCGUACUAACACGCUGAAGUGCCGCCGCCGCGAGCUCGCCGCGUCGCUCAUCAAUCGCGGCGUGAACCUGGAUCCCAUCGGCAAGUGGUCCAAGGUUGGCCUCCUCGUGUACGACUCCCGCGUUCCAAUUGGCGCGACGCCAGAGUACAUGGCCGGUCAUUACAUGCUCCAGUCCGCAUCUUCGUUCCUCCCGUGCAUGGCACUCGCGCCGCAGGACGGCGAGCGCGUCCUCGAUGUCGCAGCGGCGCCAGGAGGUAAGACAACCUACCUCGCCGCGUUGAUGCGAAACACGGGGAUGAUCUUCGCGAAUGAGUUUCAGAAGAAGCGACUCUCCUCGCUCGUCGCCAAUCUCCAGCGCAUGGGUUGCACCAACGCGACGGUGUGCAACUACGACGGCAGACAGCUUCCCAAGGUGCUGGGUCACGUGGACAGGGUUUUGCUUGACGCGCCAUGCUCGGGCACCGGCGUCAUCGCAAAGGACAGCUCCGUCAAGGUUAGCAAGAGCGAGGCUGACAUCAACAAGUGCGCACACCUACAGAAGGAGUUGCUCGUCGCGGCUAUUGACUGCUGCGACGCCAACUCAAAGACCGGCGGGUACGUCGUCUACUCCACGUGCUCGAUCACCGUCGAGGAGAACGAGGCGGUGCUCGACUACAUCCUUAAAAAACGCGACGUCAAACUCGUCCCGACCGGCCUGGAGUUUGGCCGACCGGGUUUCACCUCCUACCGCGGCAAGAACUUCCACCCCAGCGUGGAAAAGUCCAGGCGGUUCUACCCGCACGUGCACAACAUGGACGGGUUCUUCGUGGCCAAGAUUAAGAAACUCUCCAACAAGCUCGGGCCCGCGGGUGCUGAAGAUGGCGCCGCCGCCAACGGCUUUGGCAAGGCGACCGGCGACAGAUCCGAUUCUGAGGAGGGAUACGAGCAGGUGAGCGGCAGCGAUGACGAGGGAGGGGAGGGCGGCUACGGCUACGGCGUUGGCGUCGGCGUGGAUGACGAGGUGCCGGAGAAGAAGCCCGCGGGUAAGAAGAAGAACGCGCGCGCGAGGAUGCUGGAGGAGCUCAAGGCCGAGCUCGAGGCCGAGAAGAAGGCAAAAGAGGAGAAGCGGGGCAAGGAGAAGGAGAAGAAGGAGAAGCCCGCGAAAGAGAAGAAAGCGAAAGCCAAGAAAUAG